CGCGCCCCGGCAAACCCGAUCGAAACGUGCCGCGCACCGGACGUCUUUUGAACGCGAGCGCGUGUGCGUUGUUGUGUGUUGUUUGGGUUUGGAAGCUGCGAUCGGCGAUUGAUCAUACAUCGUCGCCCGUGGCAACGUGUCCGGAACCAUAGAAGGUGUGUGUGUGUGUUUGUGGUUGUCUGUGUUUGGUUGAAAACGAGUGUGCGCGCGCGCUUGUGCAAUAAAUUUCAAUUGCGUAAAGUGACGGAAAACGCGGGCAGGCGCGUGGCGUGGUGUGGCGUGGCGUGUGUGUGUGGGGUCCGAUCCGACCAGAGGGGGGCAGGGUUUCGCAUGUGUCGCAUGUGGCGUGUAUGGCGUGGCCAAAUCGAAUAAGAAGAAGAAGAAGAAGAAGCAGUACGCAAGCGCCUUAUGUAAGAGGGCGCCCGAACCGACAUACGACAUACACACCGGCGUGUUCGGACCGUUUCGGUUCCGUUAAGUGAAGCAGCUAACUAAGCAGACAGUGAAACAAAUAAUAAAUCUGACGCGCAUAUCCGUGUGUAGGUUGUGUUUAGUAACGGGGUGCAGUUUUUUUGUUGGCAUUUGCACAUUUCCGGCAUGCGCUUUCGGUGAGUUGCAGUGGAGAGAAAAAAAAGCAAAAAACACACAAACAACAGCAAAAAGCUGUUGCAAUCAAGCAAACCCGAAGCCAGAAGAUUCCAAAGAAGACACAGUGGGUCCCAGCCGCAUUUACGGGCGCAAAUAUCUCCGGAGACGCUUCUGGAGCAACGAUGGGAUCGGCGGUGCGGCAAACUGUGCCACUCGCAGCGGUGUUGCUGGUGACAGCAUUGCUCCUGUCCCACGCCCUGGUGCGGGGCGACUCUUCGCACGGCGCAAGGGGCCGGGGAUCGCCGGCCCUGAUCGAUUCCGGCAUUCGAGCUGGGUCACGAUUGCCGGUGAUUCCUGUUGCCGGAGCGAAGGUGACGAAGCUACGGCCGGUGGGCAAGCAGCGUCCCGCUGAAGAGGAGGACGAUGAUGACGAUGACGACGAUGACGAUGAUUACUUUGACUUUGGACUGGAUGACGAUGAUGAUGACGAUGACGAGGAUGACGAGGAGGAGGAGGAGGAGGAGGAGGAUGAUGAAGAUGAGGAGCAGCUGGUGCCCUCCGCUCCAGUAAGACCAGAACUUCCGGUGGAAACGAGCACCACCCGAGCGAGAUUGCUGUCCGAUGCGGCGUUUAAUAAGAUUUCCGAGACGCUCGGUGCGCUGAAUACGGUCGGGCGGUACAUUGUGAACAUUACCAAGGGGCAGGAAGCGAGUGCCAUCACGCAGGUGGACCCGGGCACGAAGGAAACGGUCCCGGAGGCACUGCUCACCCUUACGAAGACGGUUCUCGGGCAAAACAUCACCAAAUCGUUCGAACCGCUGAUCAAGCGUGUGGGCACGGGUGGUGGAGAGCAGGAAACGGUCAGUGCGGUCACUUCCGGAUCGCUGGUGAUCGGGUCGUCCAGUACGCCGGAACCUGCCCUUGCGACGUCUACAGUGGAAUCGCUCGCCGUGGCACAGCGGAAGGAAGACAACGAGGUGACGCUCGGAGGUGGCGUGACGGAGACUAAGAUCACUAAGGUUCCGGCCAGUGGAGCCGUGUCGGAGCAAAAGAAGAAAAAGAAGAAGAAGAAGAAGAACAAGGUCAAGCGCAAGGAUCCGGCCCAUCAGGAGGUUCGCACGACGACGACGACUAGUACAACGACGCGCAGACCGGACCCGGCCCCAAGCAACAAGAUCGUUGAAUCGACAAAGGACAUUGAAAACCGGUGCCGCACACCGGACGGUCGCCCGGGAAGGUGUGAAGAUCUGAGCACCUGUCCGGGGUUGCUGCUCGAUCUGAGCCAUCUGCGCGAGUCGCUCUGCUUCAAGAGUCUGUUUGUGCCGGGCGUUUGCUGUCCGAUCACGACGACCAGCACCGUGCUGACGACACCACGGCCACCCUCCCGGCCCCAGCAAUCCGGUGGCAGCUUAGUGCUCAGCCCGGUCGCUAAACCACCGGCCACGACCACAACGACGACGACGACGACGACCACCACCAAACGGCCGCUGGUACCGGUGUACACCGUCUCUCCCGGCGAGGAGGGCAGCGCGUUACUGUCCGCCACGCUGAAACCGAUCGACAAUAUCGUCGAUCCGGACGACUGCGGUCAGCAGGAGUACUCGUCCGGCCGGAUCGUCGGUGGCAUCGAGGCUCCGACCGGCCAGUGGCCCUGGAUGGCGGCCAUCUUCCUGCACGGCACGAAGCGGACCGAGUUCUGGUGCGGUGGAUCGCUGAUCGGCACGAAGUACAUCCUCACUGCGGCCCAUUGUACGCGCGAUUCGCGCCAGCGACCGUUCGCCGCCCGCCAGUUCACCGUCCGGCUGGGCGAUAUCGACCUGUCCACGGACGGGGAGCCGUCCGCACCGGUGACGUACAAGGUGACGGAGGUGCGGGCCCAUCCGCGGUUUUCGCGCGUCGGUUUCUACAACGACAUUGCGCUGCUCGUGCUGGACAAACCGGUUCGUAAGUCUAAGUACGUCAUACCGGUGUGUCUACCGGGGCCGAAUCUACCGUCCAAGGAGCGGCUAGCAGGACGUCGAGCAACGGUAGUCGGCUGGGGUACGACCUAUUACGGCGGCAAGGAGUCGACCAAGCAGCAGCAAGCGACCCUGCCCGUCUGGCGCAACGAGGACUGCAACCGGGCGUACUUCCAGCCCAUCACGGACAACUUCGUGUGUGCCGGCUUCUCGGAGGGUGGCGUGGACGCGUGCCAGGGCGAUUCGGGCGGUCCGCUGAUGAUGCUGGUCGAGGCGCGCUGGACGCAGGUCGGUGUCGUCUCGUUCGGCAACAAGUGCGGCGAACCGGGCUACCCGGGCGUGUACACGCGCAUCAGCGAGUACAUGGAGUGGAUUAGGGAGAACACGAAAAAGUAAAGGCCAUAGUGUGUGCACAGCGGAAGGGGGGGGGGGAUGAUAGGUCCCUUUCGGAUGAUGGUGUCCGGAGCACCAGAACCAGUCCAGUAAGCAUAGAGUUUGGCAGUUGUUGGUUGUUUUCGGUUUUUUGUAUAUAAUUUAUUUCUGUGUAAUCCAUCCCUUCUUUCCCCCCUCACUCGCAAAGUUCUUACGUUUCAGCUAGCCUCUUCACCCCCCCCCCCCUUCACCAUUCUCCAGGUUUUCUUUUGCGAUUUUUGCGCUCCGCUCGGUAAUCAAUUAGUUGUUAGCCCAGCUUUAUUUUUUUAUGUUUGUUUAUCCUAAUUUAUAAACUAACUUAUACGAGACCUACGCAUCGCUUAGUAAGUGAGAGACAGACAGAGCGAGAGAGUGAGAGUGAGAGAGAGUGGUGUGUUUCUGAGCAUUCCUGGUUUCUGAGCAUUCCUGCGUCUAAUUGAUAACGGCGAGAAGGAUAGCAACGGCGGGCAGUAAUAGCAGUAGUGAGCGUGAACGAGGCGGAAAGUUCAGCUUCAUAAUCGUUACAUAAGGUAGAAUAAGUAUAACAAACGGCAAACUGCUCUUUAGCGUCGAGCAACGGUGCGACGAGUCGGGCUGGAAAGGCGAAGAUCGCUUCCACCCUUUUCACUAUGCAUUAAUGGAAACAACAAGAGCUCGCGCAACGCAGACAGGCGAGACACGCACGAAAUUGACGAAAAUGUGGAAAAACAA